GGGGGGUAUUUAGAAAAGCAUUUUGUGCUUCGUUAAUGUGUUCUUGCUUCCCAAACAAAACCCUAAUUUCUCCGCUUGAUCGCUGUGAUCGUUUUGGGUUUUCUCCUCUUCCUGCGAGGUUCCGAGAGGAGGGAAUCAGGAAUUCAUGGAUAUCAUCUCACAGCUUCAAGACCAGGUGAACGCCAUCGCCGCCAUCGCGGUGGAUAUCUUUGGGACGUUGCAAAAGGAUGCGCCACCGGUGAGGCUUUCGCCGAAUUAUCCUGAGCCGCCUGCGAAUCCUUCUGACGAGAAUGUCAAUAUCCCUGAACUCACCAAGACAAUGAGCGGCGCACUAGUUCAAGCCGCAAAGAAGUUUGAUACUCUUGUUUCAGCAUUGCCACUGUCUGGAGGUGAAGAAGCUCAAUUGAAGAGGAUAGCAGAGCUUCAGGCAGAGAAUGAAGUUGUAGGUUUGGAGCUUCAGAAGCAGCUAGAGGCUGCAGAUCAAGAACUGAAACAAGUUCAAGAGUUGUUUAACCAAGCUGCUGACAACUGCCUCAACUUAAAGAAACCGACCUGAUCAAGUAAAACAUACCAAGCAACCACUUCUGCGAGUUUCAAGCACGAGAGUUUGCAAAGUCCGAUCUAAUCAAUAUUGAUAUACCGAGUAUCUUAUCUGUUGAUACGAAGUAUUCCGGCGAUCCCCACGAUCCGAGUCCGGGCUGUUGAAGCUGUCUUCUCUGAAAAGCUGCAUAGCCGUUGUGAAGCUAGUGAAUGUAACAAUUGAUGAACAUGGACAUGUACAAUUUAAGAAUGAUCAAUUUGUAUACCCUUUCAUGUACUGAAAAUCAGUAUUUAUGAUUUUUACAGCAAAGCACUAUUAAAUGAAUUCAAUUUAGAUGUC